AUGCGCUUCCUCGAAAAGUCACGAGGCGUGGCCGUCGACACAAUCUGCUACGAUCUAGAAGACUCGGUGACUCCCGGCAAGAAAGCGGAAGCACGAUCAAACCUCCAAUCCAUCCUGUCGCGAGAGCGUGUAUCAGGAAUAAAAGAGCAAGCCGUACGCAUAAACUCAGUCGACAGCGGCUAUGCCCUCGACGACCUGACCCAAGUCCUCAAAGCACCCAAUCUCGACGCUCUCGUCAUUCCAAAAGUCAACAGUGCUUCCGAUCUACAUUUCGUUACCGAUGUUAUUCGCCAUGCGCUUCCCGAACGACAUGGUCCCGAUGCCAAAUCUCCACUUAGAUUGAUAGCGUUGAUCGAGUCGGCGCGAGCAGUCAUGGACUUGUCUGCUAUUUGCAAGGCUUCGCCAUACCUGAGUGGCCUCAUCUUCGCUGCCGAGGACUUUGCUCUCGAUCUCAGCAUCACGCGUACGCCAGACCUCAAAGAGUUCUUAUAUGCGCGGUCGGCCAUCGCAACAGCAGCUAGAGCAUUCAACCUUCCUUCAACCAUUGAUCUGGUCACGACUGCAUUCCGUGGUGAGCAGGGCCAGCAGAUCCUCAAGGAAGAAAGCGAGGGUGGUAAGAGGAUGGGUUACAACGGAAAGCAAUGCAUCCAUCCCAGCCAAGUCGAGCUGGUCCAGAACAUCUUCAGCCCCAGCCAGGAAGAGGUGGACUAUGCGAUGCCCAAGGUCGAGGUGCCUGGACAUUAG